AUGAAGGCUCCCAGCCGGUCUUCUCUUCCCCUCCUCUUUCUCCUUUCUUUCCUUCCCUUCACCUCCCUUUUCUCCGAGGCUAUCUCCCGAGCGUCUGCGUCGCAUACACUCCGUGACUCAGCGGCGCAUGCGUUGCACGCCGACAACGACCUGGCGCGGUCGUUCCUUUCCAGAUCCGAAGAGCGCAGCCCAGACGCCCGUUCGUCUCUGGAGGAAGAGGCUGACGCUGUCGAAAACGCGUCCUCUCAUCUCCCCGACCUCGAAGACGCGCUUCAGCAGGAGCUCGAGAGCGCCUCUUCGUCGCCAGAAACUGUCCCUCUCUCCUCGUCGGAGGGCGCCUCCGAUCCCUCGCCAUCGUCUUUCGUCUCUUCGUCGCCAACGUCGCGGGCUUCCGCCGCCUCUGCGUCUUCCCGCGAAGCUCCAGACUCUCUCCCGACGCUGGCUGAGGUCCACGCCAGCCUGGCAUCGCGCAUUGCGCAGGAGCGUUCGUCCCGUCGCCUCUCCGAUGCGGAACAUGGCGAAGACGCGAAUGACGAGAAUGGCGACCGAAAGCACGUGCGCAAACCGCCGAGGGACAAGAGCGCGUACUCGGUCUUCUCCGUGCCUUCUCUGCGUCUCGAGGGUGUGGCGAUCGCAGACAAAGAAGAGGCAACCGCGUCCUUUGCAAUUUCCGUGGGUUGUGGGUUCUUCCACGACCCUCCGGCCAUCCCCGGAAUCGCUCAUCAGCUGGAGCAUUUGAUUUUCCUAGGCGCCGAAGGAGAAACGAACGCGACGUCCUGGGACGAAUUCGUCAGUGCGCGCGGGGGCACGCACAACGCGCACACCACGGCGGAGUUGACCACCUUCUUCGUCGCAGCCCCGACGGACACUCUCCCCGAACUCCUCGACAGAUUCCUUCAACACCUCUUCCGUCCUCUCCUCGCUGCUGACCAGUUCGCCUCCGAAGUGAUGGCAGUGCAAUUCGAGCACGAGAAAAAUCAACCGGACAUCGCAAGAGUGCUCCUCGAACUGGCGAUGGCUGCGACGCCAGCGGUUGGUUCCCCAACCUCGACUUCUCGCGAGGAUCUGCCCCCGUCUUUUUACCGCCCUGAAGUCGCGCAGAAGUUCGGAACUGGCGACUACGAGACUCUCUGCCAAGCACCUAUCGAGCAAGGCUUGGAUGUGCUCAAGGCUCUGAGGGCAUUCCACAGGAAAUGCUACAGACCCGAAAACAUGACCAUCGCUGUGCGCAUGGGGCGCCGAUCCGUCCCCGUCGUCAUCGAAGGCUCUUUCGACUCCGCAGGGCGGCCGCGCCCCAUCCCCGCCGAGGUUCAAGCUGAGGCAGAGCGACAGGCAGAAAAAUACUCCGUCUAUACGCCGAAGGAGAUUGGAGAGGUAGUCGCUCGGAUUUUGACAAAGUAUUUCCCGCCCACUGAGGAAGCAGAAUCGGACGCGCACCGUGCUGACAACGAAGACGCGGGUGCGUCGCCUUCGGACCCGCCGUCGGCGUCACUGACGCCAAGGCCACACAAGGCGUCUUCUUCUGCGUCUUCAGCUUCGCGAUCUGGAGCGAAGGCGAAAGCCAGUACAACUGCUGACGCAAAGAGGAGAAAGGCGGUUUUGAAGACCGUUCGUCUGCAUGCAGAGGAAAAGGAGAAAACAGGCGCGCAGGACGCCGCUUCAUUCCUUGAAGUGACACCAGAGGAGCACGCGUCGACGCUUGAAGACGAUACAGAGCUCGCGGAGGAGGAUUCCAUUCAGGCAGACGCAACUUCCAGCACCUCAACCGGUAAAGUCUACCGCGUCUUCCGUCAGCAUGGCUGGGGAAAGCGUCUUUUGCUUGUCUGGGAGAGAAGAACAAGCUGGGCAGUUCGAGGCUUCGACGAAGAGUUUCAGCCCACCGCACUCCUUGAGUAUCUGCUGGAGUAUCCAGGCGAAACCGCUCUUUUAAACCGUCUCAAGGUCCAAGGGUUGAUUGCCGACGGCGAGUACGUGGACUACACGACGAGUCAGAAGGCGUUUAUCGGUUUGCUGUUCGAGUUGACGGACGAGGGCGAGAAGAACCACGAGCAGGUGAUUGCCGCGACGCUGGCUUACGCCGACACACUCCGGACGUCUGUGGACGACGCGUACAUCCUCGAUUUCUUUGAGGAGUUUGCAGGGGUGGCGAACCGGUCCUGGACCUACAAAGACCCGGAAGAUGCAGUGAGCGCAGUGAUCGGCGCAGCCGAGAAACUGGCUGUGUUUCCGCAGCGUCCAGACCUCGUGGUUGCAGGUGGCGAGUACGUGGCCUUGCCUGAAGAUCGGUCCGUUCUCGUCCGAGUGUUGCGGGAAGAGCUGCAGAGCUUCGACUCCUCGCGCGCGUCUGCCUUCGUCAUCCUUCCCGAAGGCCGCGCACGCGACGCCGGACAAGACGUGCAUGUGUUUGCGCCCUACGCCGUCCAGUACACCGUCACGGAGCUCCCGGCUCCGGAGGUUGCGAGGCAAGUGGGAGCGAAGAUCGGCAGAUCAGCCGCGGAAAAGCUGGAGGCUGUGCGCGAGGCGGCGGAGUCAGUGCAGCUGCGUACCCAGUCCCUGGUUUCCGUUCAAGAGACUGUCUUCUCGCUGCCUCCGGUUCUGAGUUGCAAGCUGGCUGCGGAGGUGAAGCUCCAGCGGCGUCCCGUGCCGGAUGUCUGUCAGUCCCUGUCGCCGAUUCAGUUUCCCAUCCAAGCGGAGAGGAACGAAGGGGAGGGCGCGGCAAAGCGAGCGGGCUUUUCGACGGGUGCAAGAGCGGGUGUUCGCGACGCGGAUGCAGAGGACGAUGAUAACGAACAAAAGAAACUGGAAGCCUCCGGACCGCCCUGUGUGUUGGUGACGGAGGAGAGCUUCUCGGUCUUCUGGAAGAACGCCGAGCCUUUCAACAAGCCUGUCGUCAGGGCGUACUUCAAACUGCGGAUCUCGGCGGAAGACGCGACAGGCAAAAACACCCUGUACGGAAAAAUCUUCACGACGAUCGCAGGCGAACGCGCGCGCACCGCUCUCGCCACCUUCGAAGGAUGCGGCGUGGACCUUCUCAUGUCCUUCACAAACGGCGCCCUCGUUCUGGAGAUACAGGCAAGGAAAGAGACGUUUCGAGCCUUCUCGGAACUCUUCGCGUCGGUCUUGCAGCAGCUGAUCGCCGUGUUGAAGGAGACACGAGAAAGCGUGAAAGAGGCGGACUUCACCAAGGUUUUCAAUACGCUGGAACUGCAACUCUCCGACUUCUCCGCCGUCACCCCAUUCGAAAUGGCGAUGGAUGUCGCCCUCAGCGUCAUCCGCCGAAACCGGUUCUCUCAGUUGGACUUGCGGCGUGCCGCGACAGAGUCCUCUUCCGCGUCGCAGUUCGAGGAGUUCCAGAACUUUGUUCGAAACGCCUUGACGAGAAACGCUCUGGAUGUCUUCAUCAUGGGCGACAUCGACUACGAUGCCGCGCGGGAACUUGCGGAGGAAUUCCGAGCUGCCUUGUCCGAGCAGCCGCUGCCCUUCGCCCAGAGCGCAGGCAACGAGAUCUUGAAUGUCGCGGAGGACAUUGAGAUUCGGUUUCCGAACCCUAUUCCAGAAGACGCAACGAACGCGUACGUGUCUCUCUACGUGACACAUCCGCCACCGGACAUGAUGGAAAUGGUCAUUUAUUCCCUGAUUGGAGAAGUGAUAAGUUCGCCUUUCUUCGACACCAUCCGCACGCACUGGAUGGACGGCUAUGUCGCCGCAGCAGCUGUCCGCGAAGUCCCCCCAGCGAUGACCCUCGCCACGAUCGUCCAAGGCUCGAAACGGAAACCCGAUGAACUCGAGAGGCACGUAUGUGCCUUCUUAGCCGAGAUGCAAGACAACAUCGGAACUUCCAUGACCACCGAAACUUUCCUGGAGCGUCUCCGCUGGCUCAGCAGCAGCAAGUUCCACAGAAGUGCCACGAGCUUCAGCGACUACUUUGGCGAGGUGACAUCCCAAAUUGCUUCGCGCAACUUCUGCUUCAUUCGAGAGCAGCUCGCGAGGUUGGCUACGGAGCAGUUCCUCAACUGUCCCGCGAUUCUCAAGCACUACAUGAAUGCGUUGGUCGACCGCGCGAACCGAAAACGCAUCGCCGUCAAGAUUGAAGGCAACACGCCGAGCGCGGAGGCUGCCUCUGGAUCCACGAGGGCGACAGAGAACCAGCCGCUGUCUUCUGCGGCCUUGCCUAGUCGCUGUUCCCUUCCCAGUCUGUCUUCGUCCGCCUCGGCUUCGGCCGAGGUACGUCAGUCGCCUUCUCUGUCUACGCUGACGCCGGCGGUUGUGCCGCGGGCUGUCGCUAAGCACGACGGCCGCUCUCAAAGGGAAACGGAGACUUCGGAAUCUUCUUCCUCGUCCGCGAAUGUCAAGGGGCAAGCAAAGACGGGGGAUCAGACCAGGACAUCGAGUGCGUCGUCGUUAGGUUCGUCGCACAAGGACGGCGCAGAAGCCGAGCACCUGGCGGGACGGGUCGUGUCUCUCCUGGGAGUUGGGGAAGAGUCGAGGGGAGCGAAGGCUCCUGUGAACGAGCGCCGGAGCUACGGCAGUCUUCUUGGGUCUCACAAUGUGUUCAAAAGCAACCGAAUCAAGACGGAUUUCGCAUCCCCCAUCUUCACCCUCGGCGACGACGAAGAGGCGCUCUCCCUGAUUCAGGUCGACGCACGCAUUUCGACUCAGAGUGAGCACGCGAAGCCCGUACUCGGCAGCCGAAAAGCGGAAGGACACUCGCAGGCGCCCAGUGCAGCUGUCGCGGAGCCUUCCGCGUCGAAGAAUCGAAAGGGAAGAUCCCAGGAACCCACGGAGACACCUGGACUGGAAAUCACGGAAAUCGUGUCCGAUGUCGAAGGCCAGGCGGAAGAAGGCGACGUCCCUAUCGAGUUCUUGCCUCUCGCCAAGCAAAUCAUGCCCCACAUCCUCGAGCGAUGCGAAGAAGACCAAAAGGCUGCAGCGGAUGGGAAGAGGAUUGUCGUCGACAAUUUUUUCACGGAUCCGGAUGAGGCGCGUCGCGUCAUUCUGGAGAAGCUCGGCGCAAAGCUGAAUUCGUCGGGGUCUGCGCCGCCCACUGCGGCUGCGGCCUCUCCACUCUGGCUGAGUUACACCCGCGCUGAGUCGUGCAGCAUUCGCACGAGCACCAUCGCGAAGGCAGAAGAAGUAUGCGGUUCCAUCCGCGAAGCCGAGAUGGACGCCGUGCCGCUUGUCUCUCCGGAGCAGCCGAGUGUCGGUCAGCCGAGCAUCCCGCCCACCCUCGCAGCGGUCCCUCCCACCAGCGAGGAGGCGCCGCCGUCUGCGGCGGCAGCUGGAGCCGCCGGCGCGGCGCAGGAACCUGAUCAGGCGGCGCGCGCGGCCGAUCUCGAGGACGCCUCCGCGGCUGAGACGGAGGAACUCCGCCUUCGCCAGAGCGCCAAGCAGCGACGCCUGGAGCAGGAAAAGUCGCUCCUCGAAGCCCGGCUCACGCGCCUGGAAUUGCAGACCAUCGCGCAGCGUGCGCAGCUCCUGAAGCAGCGCCUGGACGCGAUGAAGCAGUACGGCACUCGGCCCACGACGAUCUUCAACACCUGGUUGGCGCCGCAGCGCAGGGGCAUCCGGGACGUGGGAGGCGGCAAAGGCGCGAGCUCCGGGGCCUUUCCGGUCGCCGCAGUGUCUGCGCUCGGCGCCACGACCCACGGGCUGCCGUCGCCUCAGGGCGUGCAGGGCCGCCUGCGCUCGCCCUCUUCGCUCCACCACGCGGCCGAUCCGCUGGCGUUCAAGAGAACCCUCGACACCCUGCGAUGGAGAGAACAGGCGCUCCUCCAACGGCAAGCUGAGCUGAGGAACCAACUCCGCGCAGAGCCCCCGUCAAAUGCAAGCACUCCUGCCUCAACUGUUCCCAGCUGGGGCGCUGCGCCGGGCCAGGCCAUCCGACCCGUCGAGUACGUGGCGGCGCCGGCCGUGGCUUCUGUCCCUUCGUCGCCUUACCUCGGCUCGUCUUCGCGCACCAUAGCGGCAAAUCAGGCCAUCUCUGUGCCCGCAACGACCGCCCCCAACGCGCCGCCCGCCGUCGCGGCGUCUCCCGUUGCCGCGUCGCCCGCCGUCGCGGCGUCUCCCGUUGCGGCUUCUCCGGUUGCUGUUGCCGCAGUUCCGCAGAUUCCCGAGCAGGUUCCUGGACUCGGCGUAGGUGUCGCCGCACCAGGCCUGUCGAGUGUCAGCGGCGUCUCUGCAGCGCCAAGUCCCGCGCUGGCUGCUCCGGUGUCUGCGGCUGCUCCGGUGCCUGCGGCUGCUCCGGUGCCUGCGGCUGCUCCGGUGUCUGCGGCUGCUCCGGUGCCUGCGGCUGCUCCGGUGUCUGCGGCUGCUCCGGUGUCUGCGGCUGCUCCGGUGUCUGCGGCUGCGCCGGUGUCUGCGGCUGCUCCGGUGUCUGCGCCAAGUCCCGCGCUGGCUGCUCCGGUGUCUGCGGCUGCUCCUCUCGCGCUGUCUCCGGCGUUUCAGGCUGGCCUUGCCGCGACUGCACCGGCAGGCGGUGAGCUGUCGGAGUCGCCCCUUGUGCAGGCGACUGUGUCGGGAGUGCCUCGUGUGGUCGCUGCGGCGGCGAACUUCCAAGCGCCUGCUGCUCAGCCUGCAGUUGCCUCUCAGCCUCCGUCCCCGCAGGCCGUCUCUCCCGGCGCGCCGGCACCAGUGGCUGCUGGGGCGUCGGCGACCCCGGCCGUCAUACAGCCGACCGCUCCGGUGGCUGCGGCAUGA